GUCAGUAUCAGUCCGUAUUGAACUCACUUCCUAAGAGCACGCAUUUUAUAUUUCAGUAAAAACAUGUUGCUCUACGUAGUACUCUCUUUAUUGAUUUUAAUAAUUAUUCUUAUAGUUCCAUAUCACUUAAUAGUACAUAAAAGUGGAAACGGUAAACUCAUUAACAAGAUUCCAGGCCCUAAGGCAUAUCCAAUUUUGGGAAAUCUGUUAGCCUUUGUAGUACCUUUUGAAGAACUCUGGCAUGUUGUACGUGGCAUGAACGAAAAAUAUUAUCCGAUUUAUAGAAUUUGGAGAUUCUCGCAUUCAGUGAUAAAUAUUCGUCAUCCCGAUGAUAUUGAGGCCAUCAUCGCCAACUCAAAGCACAUAGAAAAAAGUUUGAUAUAUAGGUUCCUUCAGCCAUGGUUCGGCACUGGUCUCCUUACAAGCACAGGACGUAAAUGGCAACAGCGUCGAAGAAUUCUUACACCAGCCUUUCACUUCAACAUUUUGACCGAAUAUUCUAAAACAUUUAUCGAGCAUGCAGAAGGACUUGUAAAUUCGCUGAAAGCGGAAGGUGAAGAAACUGUGAAAGACAUCGUCCCGCUUAUCACCACUGUUACACUGAGUUCAAUAUGCGAAACCGCAAUGGGUACGCCCGUACAAGAGGAUGAAGAUUUUCAAACAAAAUUUCAAUUUGCUGUUCAUAAAAUGGGCGCAAUUGUUGUGUCAAGAGUUUUUCAUCCGUGGCUUUUUAAUGACUGGUUGUACAAAUUCACACCGACUUUCCGCCUGCAAACAAAAGUUCUUGAUAUACUGCAUGGAUUUUCAUUAAAAAUAAUAAACAUACGACAGCAAUAUCACGAUGCAACCGGCGGGAAGUAUUUAAAUCAGUUUUCUACUGACAAGAAGAAUAUCGACGGGAACGAAGUGAAAGACAGUCAACGUAAAAGAUUGUCAAUGCUUGAUCUUCUUAUUGGAGUAUCCAGAAAUACUGGUCAGAUAGACCUCGCUGGUAUCAGAGAAGAAGUGGACACCUUCAUAUUCGAAGGACAUGACACCACGUCGAUGGCUAUAUGUUUCAUUAUACAACUCCUUGCGGAGCAUAAGGAUAUUCAGGAAAAGGCAAGGAAAGAGAUCGAUGAAAUAUUGAAACAAAAUGAUGGAGAAGUGACGAUAACGGAAAUCCAACAGUUCGCCUAUCUUGAUCGUUGCAUCAAGGAGUCACUGCGUCUCUAUCCCAGCGUGCCAUUCAUGUCCCGAAAACUGUCCGAAGAUCUUCAAUUAAAGAAUUAUCUGCUACCUGCUGGAACAUCGGUGCAUAUACAUACCUUUGAUCUCCAUAGGGAUCCCAAUUUUUGGCCUGAUCCUUUGGUGUUUGAUCCUGAUAGAUUUCUGCCAGAGAAGAUACAGGGUCGACAUCCGUUUUGCUAUUUGCCGUUCAGCGGGGGACCUCGUAAUUGUAUUGGCCAGAAGUUUGCGAUGCUGGAACUGAAGGCUAUUAUAGGUCUGCUGCUGCAUAAUUUCUACUUAGAAGCAAUCGAUCGCCCUAGCGAGACACGCUUUCUACCAGAUCUGAUAUUGAGACCGGCUCAUCCUAUUCGCGUAAGGUUUGUUACCAGACGAAAGUGAAGUAACGGUGAGACAAGAUAAUAAACGGAUUCUAUAUCACGUAUUCUGGGAUUUUCUUCGGAUGUAUUCGACUUGGGCGCUUUCACGCUUUUAUCGCUCGUGAGCAUUGCAUAUACUGUUCGACUUAUAGUGCUGGGAGUGUUCACAGAAGUUACUUUUGGCAGUGUUCGAUCGCAUUAGGUCGUGCUCAUGGACACUUUUUCCAUCGAGAUAGGGCAGUGUGAGCAUGAGCAUUUAAGCGCACUAAUUCAUAACAUCGUUGCGCAAAAAUUAAGCAACUUUUUUAUAACAUUAAAGGAGGAUGAAACUGUAUUAUUACUGCAUAUUGCUGCAUAACUGAAAGUAUUACUUGUAAAGUAAUUGUGCAUUAUUAAAUAUUAUUAUAUAUUAUUAAUAAUGAUUACAAAAUAUGAAGUAAUCAAAGCAUUUUCCAAGUAUUCAAAAGAAUAAUUUUUUAAUUUUCAUCAUAGUAAUGCAGCCAAACAUGGAAAGGGAUCCACGAACAUUUCAUAAUCAUCAUCAAUAUCAUUAUCAUCAUAAAUUACGUCAAAUAAUUGUUCUAUUAUAUGAAAAAAAAUAUAGCUUGAUUUAUAUCCGUCAUGUUGGCUUCCAUUACUACUUAUAACGCCAAACCGAACGAUCUAUCGGAUCUAUUGAAACCUGAGCGGAAGGGCGCAGAAUCCAACUUGAACAAAUAUACACAGUGUUCAUACGCCCGAGAACUGAAAUCGUGUAAGCGCUCAAGUCGAACGCAUCCUUAAUAUAUUAGUUUCACUUGGGUACAUCAGCAAUAAUUGAUCAUGUCAUGAAUUUUGUAGGGACGGUAUUUUGUUAUACUAUAAUUGACUUACAACGAAAAACGAUUUGUACUUAUCAAACAUUAUUACUAUAGCAAUUAAUAAAAAUUAAUUUUAGCUUGU